AUGUUCGACUACUUCAAGAGGCAUAAAGUCACCCUAUUGAAAGGUGCAGGUUUCAUUGGGGGAAUGUAUGCUGCGCGAAAGUAUCUCCGCGAGCGUUUGGAGGAAAUGAAGGAGUCAAUGGAGAUGGAACGAGCGGCUAAGGACAGCCUAAGAAGGCGCUUCCAACAAUCCCAAGAGGACACUUCGUUCACAAUUCUCGCUCUGCUAGCCACUCUAUCCGAGCAAAUUCUACAGACCAUGGACGUCGAAGCUCUGACGAAGGAGCUUCAAGUACGUUCGAGGGCACGCAAUGCCGUGCUGGCAUCUGUGCCGAUACUACCUCUCAAUCCCCCGAUCCAAGUUACGCCGUCUUCAUGCCCACCUUCUAGCUCUCCGGAGGAAGAUACACGGUCAGAAGUCGAUUCGGUGUUACUGUCCCAUAUUUCAGAUGAUGCGAAUGGAGCAUCGCCAUCUCGGCUUUCUGAAUCCUUCACUUCCGCCUCGGGUUCGGUCACGCAGAGCUGGGUGCAGUCCUCCGGGUCGGGCUCUCGAGAUUUGCAUUCGCCUGCCCCAUCCAUGUCGGUCGCCUCUUCUGCGCCAGAAUCCCUCGACGAGAACGGGAAUUCAAAUCCAGAAAGAACUGGCGCGAGGCCAGAACCAUUGUCGGAGAGCGUUAUGAGCAAUCUAACUUCCGCUACAAACUCCUCCGCUGUUUCCGACUCCAGUGACACAAGAACAAAAGCCGAGCUUUGGAAUGAAGUCAAAAUCCUAACAUUCACCAGAACACUGACAACCCUCUAUUCAACGACCCUCCUUUCCUUACUAACGACACUACAACUUACCCUGCUCGCAAGAACCAAAUACAUCGCCUCCGUCAUCUAUCAAGCCCAAGAAGAGCGUAUCCGCGAGCAACUGCAAGAAGAAUUCUCUGUGACAAACCUCCUGAUAAACGGUAUGGGUCUAGGCGAAACGGGCGGUGCUGGAGCAGCUCUAGAGAGACUUUUAAGUGGUGGAUCGGUAGAUGAGGAGGGCACCGAGGAAGAGGAUGAGCUGGAGGCCUUUUUGAAGGCGGAGGUCGUCAGCGAGGAGGUUGAGAGCAAGUUCUUGACGAUGAGUUGGUGGUUAUUGCAUGUAGGCUGGAAGGACGUAAUGGAAAGGGUACGGAGAGGGGUCGAGGAGGUCUUCGAAGGGGUUUCCUUGAAGACGAAACUUGCUGCUGUAGAUUUACAUAGGUUGAUUAGCGACGUACGAAGACGGGUUGAGCAUGAGAUCACAUUUGAAGGCACAGAGAAGAGGACAGAUUUCUUGUCAUCUCUGCUACCAUCAACACCAGAAACGAUCCAUCUCGUUCUUACACAAGGCGGCUUCACACCAUCACCCUUAGCAAACACACUCUACCCGCACAACAUGAUCGACUCUUCUCUAUCCCUGGACUCCUCCCAAAUCUCAUACGAUUUUGUCAACUCGCCUGCCCUCGCCAUCUCCGCCCACGUACCCCAACCCCAGCCACAAGUCCAGUCCUACGUCACAGCCCCUCCACCGCCGCACGCCCACCUCCUCGACGAGCCUUUCGCGUCGCUCAUGUCUGAGACGCGCUCCGUCCUCGCCUCGCGCGACUUUGCACGUGUAUUGGAAGUGUGUCUCGAUCGUGCAACGGCGGUCCUGUUCGACGGACUGGAGAAGAACGUCUUUACCCCGAGUGGGUCGAUCGCUGGUAUAGGCAACGGCAGCGGCGAGGAGGUGCGGAUUCGGCUUGCCGGCCUCCUUCCUGGUCUCGCGAGGUGGAGCCAGCUGGCGCUGGAUGGACUGCCGAAUGAGCUUGUUGAUAAAAUAUUGGAUCUACGGGAGGUGACCUGCCUUUCUGCCAUUGUUUUUGCUAGGUUUGAGGAUCGAUUCCAAUCGUAA